GCGGGAGUUAUAUGCCUCAGUUCACUGUGUGACCUAGAGUCCAGUCGUUGCCUGUCGCUGAGCCUCAGUUUUCCUGUGAGCCGAAAGGUUUUAAUUCAUAUUCUUUAGGACCUUCCCGGUCAGCUCGUUAAGCUGAAUUUAUUUAUUCUUUCACAACACGUUAAUUCAUCCAGUCAACCUUCCAUCUACUUAUUUAUACAUUUACCCAUGCCUUUAGAAUGCUUUACUGAACCAUACUUGGAUGUUCUCCCAUCUACCCCUCUCCACCAAUUUGGCUGUGGUUUAUGAGAGAGGUGAUUAGUGUCCUAAAUUUCUGACACUGGGUGUAUAUGUGUGGAUAAUCAUAGAGGGGCAAAAAAUAGGUCUUAGGAGGAGGUAGAGGCAGUUUCAGUAGAGUCCUGCUACCUCUAAUUUUGUAAUGCUAGUCUGCAUUUUGUAUUCCUAUCUCUGCAUUUGGCUUCCAUUCUCAUCCCUCUUUGAACAGCUUACAAAUAGCUUUACUUAUCCAUAAAGUAAAUUACCUUAAUGAUCAGAAUAAUUGUGAGGGUGGUAUCAUUAUUAUCUCCAUUUUACAGAUGAGGAAACUGAGGCUCAGAGAGGUUAAAUGACUUGGCCAAGGACAAACAGCUAUCUAGGAGCCAUGUCUACCUUGUUUCCCUCCCUCUUCCCCCGUGUGACUGAAACUCUGUGGUUUAAUCUGGAUCGACCUUGUGUGGAAGAGACAGAGCUGCAACAGCAAGAACAGCAGCAUCAGGCCUGGCUCCAGAGCAUUGCAGAGAAAGACAACAACCUGGUACCUAUUGGCAAGCCAGCUUCAGAGCACUAUGAUGAUGAUGAAGAGGAGGAUGAAGAUGACGACGAGGAUAGUGAAGAAGACUCAGAGGAUGAUGAGGACAUGCAGGACAUGGACGAGAUGAACGACUACAAUGAGUCACCUGAUGAUGGAGAGGUCAAUGAGGUGGACAUGGAAGGCAACGAACAGGAUCAGGACCAGUGGAUGAUCUAGGUAGACAAGGCAGCGUGGCCUCUGAGAGAUUCCAGGCCAACCCAACCUACCCUGUGACCCCUGCAGAACCAGCUGAUCACCCUAGUGCCUGAAAGCUCACCCUCAGGCACCUCCUCCGCUGCUGCCAGGACCUGGUCUUGUUGGCCUCUCCCAGGCCAUCAGUCUGCCCUUGAAUCCCCAGGACCUGAGCCCGCACCACCUUUCUGGCCAGUACCUCACCCCUUGGUUGCCAGGUGUAGUCUCUUUCUAACUCUCUUUAAUAAAGACACAGGACUGAUUUUUUCC